UUUUGACAACUUUGCAGGGUCCAGACCAAGAUUCCUUUUACAACAUGUCAAAGGUUUCAGACAGCUUCCUUUCUCUUUCUCUUGGGUAAGUUAAGUUACAAAUACUGUUGUAUUUUAUUGAACAUCUUAGCUGGGACACUUGCUUCUUUCCUGCAAUUAGGUUUUGCAUAUUUGAUUAUACACCUGAUAAUGAUCUGAAAAAUCUUCAGAAACCUUCUUGUUCUUGCAUGUUCGUGCUUCACGACAGUCAAAAACACUGCCGGUACCAAUCGGGUCUAUAGAGUAUCCAAACUAGCUCGCCUUUAGAAGCAUGAUCAGGCUGUUAAGAUAUAUCGUAAAAAAAAACUUCAAGGUGGCUCACGUUAUCAGUCUUCAGCUUAGGAGAACAGAGGGGAAAGAAAUAAAAAGAAUAAACUGUUACCUUUGAAGACAAAGUAGAAGGCAAGGUAGGUACUUAUUCAACCCUUGAAAAUCUCAUUUUAGACUCUUUUUUUUGUUUUGGUUCUUUUUUUCGUCUCUUGUAGUAGUGGAACGCCACAUCCAUUAUUUUAAUAGAAGUUUUCAACCUCUUAAUACAUAAGACUUUUGGAGCUUUAAUCUCUUAAACGUUUCAAAACAUUAUGAUCUUCAAAACAAAAGUCUCUGAGCAGAGUUUCAUCUUUCCUUUUCCUCCAUAACAAGCAAAACGGACCAUUAUGAUCUUUGCGGAGUCAAGUCACCAGCGGAUAUCGUUCGCGGGCGAUCUCGGCCAAUCAGAUAAAGCACUUACAAUUGAACAACAACAACAGCCAUCAGGAGUGGUUAGAAGAGACACAACACUUUUAGAUUCAGAAUUCGAGUUCCACACUUCAAGAAGCUUUGAUUCCUCACCAGCUGAUGAGAUCUUCGCUGAUGGGAUGAUCCUUCCUUUCCAAGCAACAUCCUCCAUGCCAAAACGUCGUUACAAGUACGAGCUCCCUCCUAUCGUCUCCUCUAUUCCUCCUCCUCCUACUCCGCCGCCAUUGCCAUCACCGCAACAGUCGAGAAAAUACUGUCAGAAGGAGACUCCCGUGGCAGAAACAUCUUCAUCAAAGUCGUUUUGGAGCUUCAGUAGAAGCUCGAGCCUUAACUGCGAUAUAAAGAAGAGUCUUAUAUGUUCCUUUCCUCGUUUGACAAGAAGCAUUUCCACAGGAUCAGUGAUGAAUUCGAAGAGGGCAAUGCUUAGGGACGUUGACAAGCAUAGCUCGCUGAGACAUGGAGGAGCCCCACGUCCACAAGCGGAUCCUUCAUCUUGUCCUCCCUCUUCCUGCUGCAGCUCGUAUCAGUUCAGGCCACAAAAGCAAUCUGGAAAGAACAGCUGCAGCAGCAGAGGAGGAAGCUUUCGGAUUACUCCAGUGAUAGGUGGUCCAUCUCCGUCUGGAUUAGGAUCUAUCUUACGACUUUCGAAAGAUAAGAAGACCAAGAACACAAAGUAGGACUUCUCUCAUUGUUUUUAUUUUGUUUUUGUGUAACGCUUGAGAUUCUGCAACACCACAUAGAUACAUUUAUUACCAUUAUCAGAGUUGUGAUUUACUUAUAAGGUAACUGAUAAGCAUGUUGGAACUAAUACAAAUCUUGAUUGAUCUGUUAUUUACUCUUUUUAUAUAUUUUAUCAUGUCA